UCCCAACUCACAUUCCCGCCUACCGAGGAGAUCAAGUUUGAAUGAACAACAGCAGUCUGUUCAAGGAGUAGUAGUAGCAAUUUCAGUAAAAAAAUACUUUUACGUCUGUAUACUUUGUUUAUAAAAUCGGUGGACUGGUUUUCUCAAGAUGGAUAUGAAGAAAAGAAUUCAUCUAGAAUUGCGGAAUCGCACGCCAUCUGAUGUGAAAGAACUGGUGCUUGAUAACUGUCGCUCAAACGAAGGCAAAAUUGAGGGCCUCACAGAUGAAUUUGAAGAGUUGGAAUUUCUAAGCACAAUCAACGUUGGGUUGACGUCGGUCUCCAACUUGCCGAAGCUGAACAAGCUGAAAAAACUUGAACUCAGCGACAACAGGAUCUCAGGUGGGCUGGACGUACUGGCGGAGAAAUGUCCAAACCUCACACACCUAAACCUCAGUGGCAACAAAAUUAAAGACCUCAGCACGAUAGAACCUCUGAAAAAAUUAGAGACCCUCAAAAGCUUAGACUUGUUCAACUGCGAGGUGACCAACCUCAACGACUACAGAGACAACGUGUUCAAGCUCCUCCCCCAGUUGACGUACCUCGACGGCUAUGACAAAGACGACAAGGAGGCGCCCGAUUCGGACGCAGAGGCCUAUGUGGAGGGACUGGAUGAUGACGAUGACAGUGACGAGGUAGAUGAGGAGGAGGAAGAGGAUGAGGAUGAAGAUGCCCCACCAAGAAAAGAGGAGGAUGAUGACGAUGAGGAAGGUGAAGAAGAGGAAGAGGAGGACCUAAGUGGAGAGGAGGAAGAGGAGGAGUUGGACGGCAAGGAGAGUGAUGAGGAUAACGAAGAAGAGGAGCGAGGUCUGAAGAGGAAAAGGGAUCUAGACGAGGAAGCAGAGGAGGAGGAAGAUGACUGAAGAUGUGCUCACCACCAAGCUAUGUUCUGAUCAGACUGUUUUAACCUUGUACCCCCCUGUAUUUGUCAGUUGUCAUAUAUUGCAGUAGGCAUGGGUAGUGUCAUGGGCCAGCUGGGUAAAAGGUUGGUGUAAGGAAACAAGUUGACAUUUUAUUAUUUUUUUCUUAUUUCUUAUUUCUUAUUUUUUUUUUAUUAUUUUUUUUUGGUACCUUUUUUGAUUCCUUGUAUUCUACUCAUAUCUGUCCCCUGCAAACCACUGGAAGGGCAGAAGAGAACAUUUCCUAAAAGUCCAAUAUUAUUAGCGCUAACCUUUGUAAAGGUUUUGUUUUCUCAGUGAUAUUGAUACCUUCUGUGUAAACGGAUUUCUGAUGAUGAUUUAUGUAUUUAAAGAGACAAACUACCAAAAAACCUUUUAGAAGUGCAUGUCUGAAAUAGAUUUUAAAGUCGACUACUGGAUUUCAAGUAUGACAGUUUCCUAUACCCUUUUCUUAUUCGCUGUCUUUUUCUUUCAGUGUACAUGAAGCGUUUUGUGGUGUCAUCCGUGUGUUAUUGUAUGUGCUGUUUUCAUCAUGGAAACGGGUGUUUAAACGUUCAUAGAAUGGCCUGUAUACAGGGCAUCUUUUUAAGCAGAGUAAAGAAUGUCUGCCUUUGUCACAAUGUUUCUCCUUAACCCCUAGCUUUGAUAGUUCGGAAAUGACCUGUUAUUUGUAAAUACUGACCAAAUCUAUUUUUUUUCUAUUACUCUUUGAUAAUGGCAGACAUUUACACUUAAUUAAUUGUAAUGAUGAACUGUAGUAAGAUAUUGAAUAUCUGUGCAGCCGUACCCUAAAACAGGCUAAUUGAAUCUGGUACACGAUUUCCAUUUUCACCAAAUUAUAUUCACAGAAAUACUCACUGAAUCCAAAUUUGUUUUGGCAGUCCAACUCUUCAAGUCCAUAUUCGUCCCCCACCUAUAUAAUACACCGCUGGGCAAUGUGCAAAGAAAACACCUUUUGCAUUUUCUUUUCUUAAACCAUAGGGCAGUUCAUGGUCAGAUAGACCUACCUCAGUCAUGUUCCCCUUCCAUGUUUAACCCACUGUCAUCAAAGCUAAUUCCUUACCAUGAGACAAACUUUUGAUUUCCUCCCUUUCACUUCAAUAAAUAUUUUUUUUUAUACAA